AUGGAUCCUCGCGCACCGGAAGAAGAACCCGAAGAGCUUCACAAUGGGUGGGGAGCUCUUUUCGACGACGACGACGACGACGACGAUUACACUCCGUCCGAGUGCGACAGCGACCGGCUUUCCGACGUAUCUGACUGGGACCUGGUCGAAGCUGCCCCCGAGGGUCCCAUCCCGCCGAUCUACCUCCACAACACCCGGGUCAUGCGCGAGCGCCUCGCAUUCUCGGUCUCCCGCACGCGCACCAGCAUUCUUGAUCGCGUCAAGUCUAUAUUAGCAUACAUGGAAUCUGUUGACAUGAAUCUACCUAUUUUUCUAGAUGCUCUUAGCUGGGGCGACAACGCAUGCAUCUCCGACCCAAAAGUUCAGUACGAGCGGAGCGCCCUCAUGGGCAGCGAAGAGCUGCCCCGCAUUCUCGAGCGCUGGUACAAGGUUCCUCGUGCAUCCACCUCACGGCAUCACCACGUACGGCCCCAGGGCGCCAGGGAGGCUCUCGAGGAGUUCGCGCUAGGUUGUGUGGAGGAGAUGGUGGAUCGCGAGCUUGAGGCUAGCUCGCAUCUCUUCCGUUCCCCCUCCGAUUGCCUUUCGGAGGAAGGCCUGACUCGAUUCCGGUUCUCGGAAGUUGCGGAGAGGUUGCAGGACAAGGUUUCGGGCGCUCCGAGCGUGUGGCGGCUUAUCCAUGGUGCGACACGGCGUUUCCGUCGUGUAUCACAGGGUAAAUCUCACAAAGAUGUUGUUUCCGCGACGGUCACAAUUAUAUCUCAGCUGCAAUACCUUCGCUCUCGCACUCUGUCGGCUUGGACCAAGCCUCUCACGGUCUUCCUCAAGGCCAAGGGGACGUCUGCAAAGGUGCUGGACCUCCUUCAUGCUCUUGGUAUUACCAUGAGCCACAGCUGGAGUGUGCGUGCAUACUCUCAUAUCUCCACAAGCGCCAUGGAGGCUGUGCGCCUGGCCAUUCACCGUUUUCGGUGGUGGCUGGCGUACGACAAUGUCAACUUUGCUUUCAAGGUCUUUUCUAUGCGUUUGCGGAACCAGUCGCAUUUUGACUCAGGGACCACUGGGUCUGUGUUUGUCAAACCAUUUGCCCCGCAACCUCCACCACUUUCUGGGGAAGCACUCCAGGCUCAGCGCCGCAUUGGUCGCACUAACCCAAUCACCCUCUCCGACAUCGCCAACUUGGACGUCGCCGCAGCCCCCCGUAUUCAUUCUCAUAUUGUCUACACUGUACUUCGCAUGCUUCUCGAUUCCCCAGAAUUCGAUUUCCCCACCUACAUUCCUCAGACCGACCCAGCCUUUGCUCCACCUCCUCCCGUCAGCCGUCUUCCUGCCGGUCGUGAGAACAUCACCAAGCAGUUCGUCCUCGGUACGGUCCACAUCGAUGAGUCAACAUACGAGGGAACACGGGAUCUCAUCGCUGAGUUCCUCCGCCAGCUGAACCUCUUCACUGCCGAACAGAUCGAGCACCUGGCCAAAGUGGCUGCUCUCAUCUGGAUUGGCGACCAGCUCACCAUUGAGCGUCUGCGGGGGCUAGCCAACUAUCGCUCUGAGGACCUCAAUGGCUUUGAUCGCCUGGACUGGCUGGUCUUUGUCUUUGGGUGGUUCCAUCUUCUCAUGGCCUUUGCAAACUCUCUGCACCGUCAGUACUUUGGCUCGCCCGCAGGGAAGGGCCUGCGCCAGGCCUUUGCGCUGCUCAAGCGCCCCGGACUCCAGUCGGUUCAGAUCAAGGGCACCUUCUACCAUCAUCUUCAUGAAGGCAUCUUCCAUGUGACAGAGGCACAUAUCCGCGAUUGCUGGCGCAAGGUGGGUGGUGUGGCUGAGUUGGCUGAGCUGCGCAACAGGUCCCCAGCCGAACUCAAGCAUCUUGCGGAGACCCUAGUCCAGCAUUAUGCAUCAAAUGACCGUGUCGAGGACUUGGAACAUGUUGCCUCUGGAAGAGAGGAUGACUUCCUCCGCCAGGCGGUCAUGUGGAACCGUGAUGCGUUACACUACAUCGUGCUCUGGCACGCGAUGCGGCAAGGAGACGUCGGACUCAUGGAGGAUCUCUUGCCCCAUCUCUUCUUUCGCUUUUCAGGCGGGGGAAAUCACAAAUACGCGGUCGAAAUUCUGGAGCUACUACAAGGGUUACACCGUGAGUGGCCCGAGGAUGUAAAGGCAUUUGUGCGACAAAAUUGUUGGGUCAUCAACAUGAAGGGGGGCGAGGAAGAUUGGACGGCCAUUGACUUGGCGAUCGAGCGAACCGUCCGAGACGUGAAAGUGACAUACAGACCAAGGGGACCAAACCAGUCCUGGGACCUCAUGAAGCAGCGCGCGCCUGCAAUUCCGACACUACGCACACUCAAUGAUGACAUCUCCAGACAAUUCCGAACUAUAUACAGAGGUAUGGGGCACACAACACCCGCCAAGGAGGCCGACAUCCGCCUACUAGAUGAGCACUACAACCACGCCCGGCUACACAUUUAUACCCCAGGCCGCCAUACUACAAACACUGCGGACAAAGCCAAGGAGUUCGUCAGUCACGGGUUCCACGUUGCGAACACGAAGAUCAUACCAAAAUGGCAUACCAGGCGCGCAGCAUAUGAGCGCGCGAGCUCACAAAUUUGGCCUGAGAGUCACCGGACACCCGACGGUACGAGAUGUUCGUGCAGAACUUGCAACAAUCACACUCACGUAGCUCAGCUGCAGACUAGCGGGACCAGCCGAGGUGCGAGAAGGGAUGCGACGACGGAGUGGGAUUUGCCGCUGGGGGUUGUGAAAGAUGGGAGACCUCUGGUUUGGUGGAUGCUGCUGGAGCUGAGGGACUGGGCGGGGCAGGCGGAACCACACAGAAUGAGGAAGAUGGCGGUGGGCGAUACAUGUAGGCAGGAUAAGUGUAAGGGGAGGAUGUGUACACGUUAUACGGAGGGGAAGAGUACGAUGGCGACUGCUGAUUCUUGGCGCGAGUACCUUGGAUAG